GUGUAUGUGCGUGUGCGAGCGUGUGUUUUCGAAAGUGAGUCACGAUAGUGCGCGUCCAGUAGUGGGGAUAUUUAAAAAGGAUAUUCAUUUUAACGAACAGGUCAGGACCGACAAAUUUCGGACUGACGGCGAGCGGGCAGGACGGGAGGCAGGAUGUGAGGAGCUGAGAAGCGGACCUCCCACGGACACCUCCCACGGACACCUCCUCCUUGCAUCUCAUGCACCUUAUAUUCUCCUGGAAUUAAUCUGACUCUUCGAGGAUGAUCCCGAGCCAGAGGAGAGCCCCCGGCGACAUGGCUGUUAUUAUGGUCCCUCUGCUGAUGCUGCUGCUGCUGCUGCUGCAGGAGGUGGGCUUCGCCCUCGGGUCCAACUACGGCUACGUGGAGUGGUCGGAACAGGACGGAGAUGCGGACGGCGCGGGGCGGCAUCCCGUACACAGCACCCACGCCAGCGUCCAGGAGACGCAGCAUCCCCCGACCCGGCCCGCCACCGAACGGCCUGUCCUGGCGCACCGCAUCGAGGAGGACCUGCCCCGCGUGGUGACCGCCUUCCUGCACACAGGGGACACGUCCGCGCUGGCCCGCGCCCCCUGUGCACGCAGCUACGAGCUGAGUAGCCUCCGGGGCGCCCCUCGCGGCGUCCUCACGACGCACGAGUCGCUGCGCGGCGCACGGGACGCGCUCGCGCGCGCCGCCAGCUUCUUGAGCGCCAGCCUGCGGGUCAACGGGUCCCGGGAGCACGACCUGCGCGGGGGCGCGCGCUGGUACCGCGCGCUCGUUCGGAGCAUGCUCGAGGGGGACCCCAAGCUCCAUCGGGCCGCGAUCACCUUCCUCCCCGAAUUAUCAUCAUCGUCAUCGUCAUCAUCACCAUCAUCUUCGCCAUCAUCAACAUCUUCCAGCCCCCACAUCCUGCUACAGGCCACGAGGGCAGACCGCGAGGUCGUCGUCCAGGACUUGUCAUCCACUGCUCACGUGCACCUGAAGAACAGGACACCCGAGUGGGAGUGGAUCAGCGAGCUGCGGGACAGGAGGAAGCCUCACCUGCACAACAGGAGGGCCAUGGGUUCGGGCGCAGUGCCCACCAAAGCUACGGGGGACGCGCACGUGCACGAUAGGACUCACGUGAAGUGGUCGGCGCCCUACCUGGAGUGUGAGAACGGGCACUUUGCCCCCCACUGGCUCCUCUCUCUGUCCGCGGGCUUCUACAAGUUCAAGACGGACUCGAGCCCCGAGAUCAUGAGAGGUGUGGUCCGCGUGGAUGUCAACCUGCAGGACGUGGACAUCGACCAGUGCUCAAGCACCGGCUGGUUCGGGGGGACCCACAGGUGUAACCUGACCACCAUGGAGUGCAAACCGAUCGUCGGCCAUGGAUUCAUCCUAGACAAGUACAGGUGUCACUGCCGUAAGGGCUUCUACCAUCCCAGCAGAGUGGCGCUCAACGGCUUCCAGAGAAGGGAGAAGUCACAGGAUGCUUCGGAUGGCCUGUCCGAGGAGGCUGCGACGGAGGGUGUGGCACCCUGUCUGCCGUGCCAUGAAGGCUGCACCCACUGCAAGGACGACUCACCCUGCUUGGCCCAAGAAGAUAGGCUGCUCCGCCUGGCCGUGCUCUCCUUCCAGGGGCUCUGUGUAUUAGCGGCAAUUAUCAGCAUGCUGUUCGUCUACCACUUCCGCCGGAGCAAGAGGAUCAAAGCAUCUGGACUGAUCCUCCUGGAGGUCAUCCUCUCUGGAUCUAUCCUUCUCUACUUCCCGGUAUUGAUCUUGUACUUUGAGCCAAGCGUGUUCCGCUGCAUUCUCCUGAGAUGGGUGAGGCUUCUGGGCUUUGCCACUGUUUAUGGGACUGUGAUCCUCAAACUGUACAGGGUUCUGAAGGUUUUCCUGUCACGUACCGCCCAACGGAUCCCUUACAUGACCAGCUGGCGUGUGCUGCGCUUGCUCGGGAUCAUCCUGCUUGUUGUCUUCUGGUUUCUUGCAUCCUGGACCCUGGCCGUGUGCCAGAACCUGGACCGGGACGUGUUGCUUGUCGACGCUGGCCGCACGCCUGACGGUCUGCAGUAUAGCAUGUGUGUUCUGGACCGCUGGGACUACAUGAUGGCUAUCGCUGAAGUCCUCCUCCUUUUCUGGGGAGUUUACCUGUGCUACGCUGUGAGGACGGUGCCGUCAGCAUUUCACGAGCCGCGCUACAUGGCUGUGGCUCUCUACAACGAGCUCGUCAUCUCUGCAAUAUUCCAUAUCAUUAGGUUCACUCUGGCACCAGGGCUGCAUCCUGAUUGGAUGUUGAUGCUGUUCUUCGCUCACUCACAGCUCACCGUGACUGUGACGCUAGGACUGCUGCUUGUACCCAAGUUCUUCUUCACAGGGACACACACGAGGGAUGACAUUGCCACUGAAGCCUUUGAAGAUGAGCUGGACAUGGGCCGGUCUGGGUCCUACCUGAACAGCAGCAUCACGUCAGCCUGGAGCGAACACAGUCUGGACCCUGAAGACAUUCGGGAAGAGCUGAAGAAGCUUUAUGCUCAGCUUGAAAUCUAUAAACGGAAGAAAAUGCUGGCCAACAACCCCCACCUGCAGAAGAAGCGCAGCUCGAAGAAAGGCCUCGGCCGCUCUCUUAUGAGGCGCAUCACGGAGAUCCCAGAAACCAUGAGCCGCCAGUGUAGCCGGGAUGACAAGGACACCGGCGACCAUGGGGGCCCCAGGAACAGCCUCUGCACCCUGAGGAAGAACCCCUUUGACCCCUCACACUCCAGCAAGUCCAAGGAGGACUCUCUGAAAAACAAGGUCUUCUCCAUAAAGAAGUCCCACAGCAGCUAUGAUCAUGUACGAGACCAGAGUGAAGAAUCCAACAACUCUGCCACUGACAAAAUUGAGGUCUCCACCACAGAGAACUCACUUCUGGAUGCCCUGAUGGGCAAAAAAUUAGCAAAGAAGUCCACGGAGAAGGUUGAGGGCGAGUCUACAGAGUCUGUGCCUCUGGUAUGUAAGUCUGCCAGCGCCCACAACCUCACUGUGGACAAAAAGCCUAUGCACCUCAGGACGUCCAUGCUGCAAAAGUCCUUGAGUGUUAUCGCGAGUGCCAAGGAGAAAACCCUCGGUCUUACGGGGAAAACACACGGUGCUGAUGACAGCACAAAGAAAGGCCCCCACAAGAGCAAAGAUCAGAAGGCUCCCUGUGAGAUACAUGAAGCGCAGGAGUGCUACCCCAAAAUGAUCGCAAGCCAGUCAGUAGAGUACAGACAGACCGCCAACAAGAUGGGCAUCAUGAAACAGCAAGUUAGUGGGAGCCAGCCGUCCAUCUGCUCUGAGUCAGGAAGGAGCAAGGAACUCUAUGACCUCUCCGAGGUGUGCCCCUGGGAAGUGGAGGACCUGCCGACUCCGUCUGAAAAUAAAGUUCAAAAACACGUGUCCAUUGCUCCAGCAGAGACCACUACAGUCCAUGGCAGCAGCACGAAAGGGAAACUGCAACAGAAGCAGAAGCUCCAAGACCAGUUGCCUUCAGCUGGCAAACGUACCAAUCAAAAGAUUGCAGAGAAGCCUACCGCAAACUUGAGGGAAGAGCCCAGUGAGAGCCGAGGUGUGAAGAAGGGGAUGAAACCUCAAACCCCUCUUAACCUUAGUGGAAAGGCCUCCCAGAAAGCCGACAUCUGCCCCUGGGAUUCUGAGGAGGUUUCCGUUAAGUCCGAAGCUGCAAGAUCUCCGGACAAGAUCAGACGGAAGAAAAGCGUCACUCCAACCGAAGGAAAAGGCAAAACCCUGCAUUCAGACCAUUCAAAGUCCACAGGCAGCUUGCUGCAGCCAUCCACAAUGAGUGCAGACAUCUGUCCCUGGGAUUACGAGGCUCCGCCAUCUCCCAGUGCUGACAAGACCCUCAGUCCCACACAUGUUUCCAAGGGCAAGGACUCACACUCAAGAAAGAAAGGCUCUCUUUCCAGUAAAGCUCCAGAGAAGGAGCGAGAAAAGUCGAGAGAUAAGGAUGACGAGAAGCGUAGGUCUAAAGGCAAGGAAAAAGGCUGCCCAGGCAAAUCUGGGGAGAGGCGGCGCUCAAGCCAGUCGAGAGCCAUGGGCGUCUGUGGCUCAGAAGAGAGCAGUCGCGAGGUGGUAGCGUCGGACAAGCGGAGGAAUUCCACAAAUGAACAGGCAGCUGCCAAGAGCAAGAGGCCAGACGUUUGUCCAUGGGAUUUUGAGGAUGCGUCCAGUAGUAAAGAGCAGAACAACAAUCCUACAGCACAACAAAACUCUCCGAAUUCCAAAGUAGGCGUGGCAGGUAAUUCCAAGUUAGCUGAUGUGUGCCCUUGGGAAUUCGAGGACGUAUCCAAAAGUAAAGAACAGGAUCACCACCCUUCUGCAACACAACCAAACAGUCCGGAUUCUAGGGGUUCAGCAGGAAAUGCCAAGUUGGCUGAUGUUUGCCCAUGGGACUACGACAACACGACAUCGGGAGAAAAAGCAUGACCUGUGACCUGAAGAGACUUCCAGAUACCAAGUUCUUGUUGUAAUUUUUUUACACACAAUACCGAACCCUCGGAAAAAAGCUCUCUAAGAACAGAAAGUGACUUAAAGGAAAAAGAGGGUGUUUUUUUGCACAAGUUGCCUUUUUUCCAGUCUUGUCUCUUUUCCUCUAAUUUUUGAAAGGAAACAAAAAAUUGUGUAACAAUAAGCAUUCCAAAUUCAUACUCGUCUUUUCUGAAUGGCAAAGACGUAUUCCUAUGAUUAUGCAACUUUUGGUCACUUUAUAUGUGGUGUAUAGGAUGUCAGUGAAUUUGACACUUGUAAUGAACAGCAUCAACCCAACAAGGUCCUACACACAGUUCAUGGCACGUGAGAGAUGAUAUCUGUGAAUCACCCAUCUUGAAUUUGUUGGACAAGAAACAAUGUAAAUUAAUGCCUUAAUGUUUACAGGUAAGCAUGUGGGCGUGGCCUGUACCAAACAGUAACUAGAGGUGUGACAUGAACCUUAAGGUCCAACCUGUGGUUCCACAAUGUUGAUUUAUGCAUGACUGUGUAAAAAGGACAAUAUGGGACAACCAUGGAAAACUGGAUGACAGGAAUUGCACAGCAUCGGUGUAAAUACUUGCACAUUUAAUUAUGAAAAUCUGUUGGAGCUAUACGAGGAACUCUCGGCUAGUCAUCAUCACUGAGAGCUUUGUCCCGAGACUCCCGAUGAAACCGCUGCUUUCGAGCCACUUGGAAAUGAUGUCUCUCCUUGUUGUCCUUCCAUUUCUGUCGCAUGUUCUUGAUUUAUUGAUAAAAUGACUCCUUGAUUGUGACCCCAUCAGGCUUUUUUUUAAAAAAACAAAUAUUUCAUAACAUUGGCAAGAAUAUGUGGAGACUGCAGAAGACAUGUUUAGCUUUCAUUUUUUUGCUGCUGUAAAAGUGAAAAACGCAUAAGCACACUAUUUCAGAGCCCUUGCGUGCUGAAGCCUGUCACUGUGUUUUAUGGUGUUUGCUCGAAGUCCAUUUCUGCCAUCUCCUCACAUUUUUUUACUUUUUGUGACAUGAUUUCAGCAGACGGAAGAGUAAUAAUACAAAGUAAUGAGGUCCAUCUCCUUACAGUCUGAACCACAAUGAUAUAAAUCAGUAUGUGCGGACUGUAGAAAAACA